AUGACGGAAACUCAACGGUUAGAUGAUUGCCUGCAGCCCUACGUGCACAAGUUUGAACGGGAGAAGAUAGACGGAGAACAGCUGCUACGAAUUUCGCACCAGGACCUUGAGGAGCUCGGGGUCACACGGAUCGGGCAUCAGGAGCUGGUGUUGGAAGCUGUUGAUCUUCUCUGUGCACUGAAUUACAGCCUCGAAACGGAUAACAUGAAGAACUUGAUUCUGAAACUGAGAGCCUCUUCCCACAACUUACAGAACUACAUCAGUAGCCGGCGGAAGAGUCCAGCUUAUGAUGGAAACACCUCCCACAAGCCGCCCAAUGAGUUCCUGACGUCCGUGGUGGAGCUCAUCGGCGCUGCCAAAGUCUUGCUGGCGUGGCUGGACCGGCCUCCAUUUACAGGAAUCACUGAUUUCUCUGUAACGAAGAACAAGAUCAUUCAGCUUUGUCUGGACCUGACCACCACCGUCCAAAAGGAUUGCCUUGUAGCCGCGAUGGAGGACAAGGUUCUGACUGUAGUCAAGGUAUUAAAUGGCAUCUGUGAUAAAACGAUGCGCUCUACUACAGAUCCUAUAAUGAGUCAGUGUGCGUGCCUAGAGGAAGUUCACUUACCAAAUGUUAAACCCGGGGAAGGCCUGGGCAUGUACAUCAAAUCUACCUAUGAUGGAUUGCAUGUGAUUACUGGGACCACAGAAAACUCUCCUGCUGACAGAUCUCAGAAGAUUCACGCUGGUGAUGAAGUCAUUCAAGUUAAUCGGCAAACUGUGGUGGGAUGGCAGCUGAAAAACCUGGUGAAGAAGCUGAGAGAAAAUCCCACGGGUGUGGUGCUGCUGCUGAAGAAACGGCCCACGGGCUCCUUCAACUUCACCCCUGCCCCUCUGAAGAACCUGCGGUGGAAACCGCCCCUCGUACAGAUCUCACCUCCACCCACGAUGACCCAGUCCCCCCAGAGCACCAUGGAUGCCUCGUUGAAGAAGGAGAAGCCGGCCAUCCUGGAUCUGUACAUACCGCCUCCGCCCGCCGUGCCCUACUCUCCUCGGAAUGAGAAUGGAAACUUUGUGUAUGGGGGAGGCUUCAAUAAGGGCAAACAACUGUUGCCCACGCCCAAGGGUUCUGAGUCCCCCAAUUCCUUCCUGGACCAUGAGAGCCGGAGACGGAGAUUUACCAUCGCUGAUUCUGACCAGUUGCCUGGGUAUUCCGUGGAAACCAGUGUUCUGCCCACAAAAAUGAGAGAAAAAACAUCGUCUUAUGGCAAGCCCCGGCCCCUGUCCAUGCCCGCCGAUAGCAACUGGAUGGGCAUCGUGGAUCCUUUUGCCAGACCUCGAAGUCACGGCAGGAAAGGGGAAGAGGCCCUUUGCCGGUACUUCAGUAACGAGCGGAUUCCUCCCAUCAUUGAAGAAAGCCCCUCACCCGUGUACCGGCUGUCCCGACCCACCACCGAGCGGCACCUGGUGCGAGGGGCAGACUUCAUCCGGGGGAGCACCUGCUACAUCAACUCCGACCUCCACAGCAGCGCCACCAUUCCAUUCCAGGAGGAGGGAACCGAGAAGAAGUCGGCCUCUUCAGCGGCCAAGUCCUCCUCAGCAGAACCGUCCCUGCUGGUCAGCUGGCUCACCCGCCUCAAGCUGUUGACUCACUGAGGCCCCAGCGCCUCCUGCCUGUCUCCUGCUCCCAAGUGCCUUCAGCCUUCAGAAGCCAGCCUCUUCCCACGCCACGCUGUGUUCCCCAGUGACCCUGCCUAAUUCCACGGCUUCUUUGUUUGGCAAAGUUGGAUACUGCCCUUGUUGGAAUUCUGGAGUAGUCGGAUGACAGUCUGGAGGGUCGUGGAGACAGAAGGAGGGACAUGCAGUUGCUUCCCUUGCACGCCGGUUGGAAGAUGGAGAUAGACUCUAGAAAUUGGCAUGAUGGCCAGACACAUUGUGAUCAUCUUCAGGCGCCAGUGGCAUUGUUUAAUGCUGUUUUCUUGUGUGUGUGUGUGUGUGUUUAUAGUUGGGGAUGGGGACUAAAAUUGGUGGCUUUUGCCACACAGGUGUGUUGGUUUGUGGUCCAACUUCUUUACCUGAGAAAAAUGCCAAUGGAGAAAACCUAUUUUGCUUUAUUUUGAUUUUUUUUUUUUUAAAGCCAUAGACCAUCUGUGUAAGUGCAACACCUUCACCUUUGAGAUGACCUGUGUCAAGCAUAGGCUGCUCCUCAGAGCAGAAGUUACACCUGCUAAAACCCUCUCUGCAUUGUGAUCUCAGUCUAGGCCAGUUAAAGUGGAAGCAUAUACGUGCACAUGUGAUAGGGCUUAUUGUACAUAAUAAUGUAUGAUUAUUUGUGAGGGGUUGCUGUUGUUUUGUUAUCUAUUAUUGUCUUUAAGGGAAAAGAAGCUAUAAGAUUUGCUAAAAGCCAAAGUAUCACUCAGAAAAGUGAAGCGACAAGGCUUAGGUUUUAUAAGAGAUACGUGAGUCUGUAUUUUGAUUUGUUCGAUGUCUUCUAUUUUUACAAAGAACCCGUAGUUCUCCCCAGGUGUAGGAUCAGAUCUGUUGCUAAUCAGAUCUGUUUCAGAAAGCCCUCAUGGUCACUGUUUUUCAACUAGCAUCAAGUAUUUUGGAAAAAGUGUGUCUGUAUAUUAACUCUUGUUGAAACUAAAUGUAUGAUAUUUUGUUAGAGUGGAAAAGUACUAUCUUGUUAAUUUAAGUGUUUUAAAUAUAGUUGUAUAUUUUUCUUACUCUUA